AGCCUGGCACCAUGGAUUCCAUCAGAUCCAGCCCCUACGGCCAGAUCCUUCCGCCAUGACAACUUUGUGUUCGGCAAGUCGUCCGGCGCUGGAAACAAUUGGGCCAAGGGACACUACACCGAGGGCGCUGAACUCAUCGACUCUGUCCUGGACGUCGUCCGCAAGGAGGCCGAGAACUCUGAUUGCCUCCAAG